UAUAGAAGGAAGGUCAAUUCAAACAGAUAAACAAUGAAUCGUCUCUCUUGUUUUCUGUUUGUUAUUGGAUUGUGCGUAGGAUGUAGUGACGCAAAAUUUAAAUGGAAUGAGAAAAACUCUGUAUUUUUCAAGAAUUCCCUUGGUCACAACAAUGUCUUGAAGAUUCAUUGCAUAUCAAAUGAUGACAAUUUAGGCUUCCAUUUUUUGCGUACGGGAGAAACCUACGAUUUUAGUUUCCAUGAUAGUGUUACGGGAACAGAAUUUUUUUGUGACUUAUGGCAAGGACCUAAUUUCAAGUUUCAUGCAUCAGUUAUGGCAUAUGAAGGUGGUGGUAUCAUAGUUCAUUAUGGUAAAAAAAACUUUUGGGAUGCUAGAGAAGAUGGAAUCUAUUUCACACAUGGCAAACAAAUGCCUAAGUUAGAGUACAAGUGGAAAUAA